AUGUUAAACCAUACAAAAGGAACCGCAAAGAAGUGGCUCCUGCAAGACUAUAAGGGCGAACGACGCUGGAGUCAUAUUGUGAGAAAAAAAAUGAAGCAGCGAUUUGUGACCCGACCCCGAGAAGAAGACCUUCGUCGGAGUCGCAGCAAUGAUGUAUCCGAAAAGUACAAGAUGAUUAAAUUCAAGAAGGGCCUGCGCUCGAACCAGUUAAGGGAACUAGUUAAGACCCAGAUACACGAGUCAUUGGACGAACUGUUCGAUGCGGCCCGAUCAUUUAACCCUCGCGAUGUACCAGCUGAAAAACCGACUGGAAGCCAGAACCCUUAUCCGGGUUCAAACAAAAAAGCUGGUGCUCUCAAAAACAAGAGCAGUGAGCUCGGUAAAUGUAGCUCGUCUCGGUGUCUCGCGAAGGGGCAUACAGAAGACAAGUGUUGGAUGCGGCAUCCGGAGCUGCGUCCGGCAUGGUUUAAAGAUGGAGGAGGAAACGACAACGACAAAAUGUGGGAAGUGUUAAGUGCUAUUCAGACAGACCUUGCCAAGAUCAAACCGAACAUAGACAGCACCAAUGCCCAGAAUCGCGUCUUUCAUCCUGGCACAAAGGCAAAUUACACGUACUUCGAGUCUGGAAACGGAGAAAAGAAGUUAACACCUGAACGCUAUCUAAUCAAGACGGAAUUCGUGGAGCAGCAGGGCUGGAUGAAGGGGGUUGUCGAUCAUGGCGCAAUGCAAGUAACUUAUGCUAACGGGAAGACCGAGUCUGUGCGUCAGCAAACCAUUCAGCUAACUGUCUUUGUGGAAGAAUUGCCAGCGUUUAAGUUCGCGUUUUACCUGUGUCAUAUCCCAAAUCAGUGUGACAUCAUGCUUGGAAAGCAUUCAUACAAGAGGUAA